CGACUUCCUGAGGAUUUUCUCAUGAGGAGGACAGGUGAGAACUCAAUUUACGACAUCGAUAAGCUGAGUGAGCAACAACGACAGGUCAAAGAGACCGUCCUCUCCCGGAAUCCCUCAGCCGCAGAUAGACGAGAUAUCGUGGUGAAGAGAUAGACAAAGAAACAGACAAUUAGGCGAUUCGAGCCGUCAGACAUACGUGGUCGCCUCGGAUGACGACAUGAACGUGGCUGUGGUUGAUCUUAAAACACAGUCGAAGCUUCACUGUGUCGAGUCGCUCUGCGCGAUCUCGAGGCCUGCGGACCUCAGCGUCGACGACGAGCUCACCUCAGAGCACCGCUGCUGACAUCUUCGCUAGUUUCUGCGUGACCAUGGCUCGGGUAGCGAGAUGGGCGAGACUUCCGCCCCAUUGAGAUCCCUGCAAAAAUCCCCAGUCGGAGACCAGCUAGGCUCAAUCGAUAUUGGUACGGAAACCUCAAGACACUGGUGCGCCGUCUACGAGACAAGGUCUGAGGUUUGAAUCAAAGAAUCAUAACAGCGACUGGGCUCGACACGUUACCGGAACCCUGUUAGGCGUACUUGCCGGCCUGUUUCUGACCCUCGGGUGCCUGGUGAGUAGCUUUGUGAAAUCGAUGGACGUGAUGCAGGCUACCGGGCUCAGGUUUCUGUUUGCUGCUGUCAUCCUGCUCAUCUUGAUCAGGAUUUUCAGAUGCCAAAUCGAGAUCGAUUUCGGAACGCACGUAAAAUUGGUGUUCCUCUCCUUGGUCCUCGCCGCGAGGUUUAUCGCGUUCGCCGUAGGAAGUAAUUCGCUCCCGAUGGCCGAGUUCUCGCUCCUCGCGAACACCGUUCCAAUCUAUACGACGGCCUUUGGCUGUGUUUUCCUACGAGAACGAUCCCUGAAGAAAGCAUUGGCGUGUGCCAUGGCCACAGCCGGCGUCAUCACAGUGUGUCUUCCGAGUUUCGCGGGAAACGGCGUCAUCUCCUUCGAGCAACAGAGUCGGAAGGUGAUCGGGUACUCGAGUACUCUCAUAUCGGCGUUGGCGAACGCCGUCGCCUUGAUAUGGUUGCGGAACUUGGGCAGCAUCAGCGCGAUGUGGGUCUCCCUGUACGCUUCCGUAGCGACUUUCCUCAUGGCCGCCAUCGGAGCCGCAUCAACCGAGAACCCUGUUGUUCCGAGUAUCAGCGAUCUCGGUUAUGUCGCGCUCGCUGGAAUGUGUUCGGUCAUGCAGCUGCAUCUCCCCGCCAUGGCCUGCGUUCUGACCGAUUCUUCGAGAGUCGCGAUUUCCAUGACGUCGACCGUGUUGUUCUCGUUUAUUUUGCAAGCAACUGUUCAGCGAAGCGCGCCAUCUUCACUGACCUACGCAGGCGCAGUUCUAGUCGUCCUCGCCAUGGUCCUCUCCACCUUCAAGCGCAGCUUCUUCAGAACAGAUGGGGACGAUGAGAAAAAUGCGUUGAUUAAAACAGAACAGCCGAAUCACAAUUGGCAGCGGUACGGAACGGAAACAGCGAUCGGAGAGCCUGAGAGGAGCCGUCUGUGUAAGGCCUGUCGCUUAGCACAACAACUUGUGAUAAUACAUAGGUUCUAGAGUAGGG